AUGGGUCAGGUGUCCAGCUCUGUCAGUGGAUCAAAGAGUCGAGAACAGAACACUCAGCUGGGCAGCGGCAGAAGUCUUUCAAACAUUAGCUAUAGGGAUCUCCUCGAUCGCAUCCAGGAGCUGAACACAAUCACCCUUGGAUUGACUGGCAGGAAUGACAAGGUUCUGAGGUUUGUGGUCAAAAAUGGCUCCGAUCGGCGCAGCUUCGCAUGGAAGAGGAAGAUCCGAAUACAGUGUCAGAAGGUAAAGUACA